UACACAGGUGUAUAAAUUGAUUUGUUAACUGAAGCUGCUAAACUGUCUGGCAUAGCUCGCGUACGGAACGCUUAUAAUGGCGCAGCUUAAGUUCUUAAGCCGCCUGGUGAAAGUAUUGGUAAAGAGUUCUGGAAUCGGAAAAGCAAGUGUUUGGCACGCUGUGAUCGUGACCUUUAUGCACUACUUUGCCUGGGGUCUGCUUACAGUGCCGUUCAUCGAGAAACUCUCGAUAUCCUUUGGAAAUCGCGUACUUCUCAUCGAUGGACUGGUUUAUGGAGUUCGAGGAAUCCUAGGCUUUGUCACCACCCCUGUGAUGGGCGCCAUUUCCGAUUUCCGGGGUCGGAAAGUGGUGAUGCUGCUGGCUGUGGCCACCACCUUCUCACCGAUUCCAUUCAUGAUGCUAAAGAGCUGGUGGUUCUUCGCCAUACUGACCGUGAGCUCCGUUUGCGGCAGCACCUACUCCUCGUCCCUGGCCUACGUGGCGGAUGUGACCAGUGUGGAGGACCGAUCGAAGGGAUAUGGCAUUGUGGCGGCCAGCUUUGGUGCUGGCAUAGCCUUCUCCCCACUUUUGGGCAACUUCCUGAUGAGUUCCUACGGCGCCGCAUCGGUUAUUUUGCUUGCAACCGUGAUUGGAUUGAUAAACAUUGUGUUUAUAAUCUUCGGUGUGCCGGAAAGCCUAGUUGUAAAAGAAAUCAGCCUUGAUGUGGAGGAGACGAAUGAAAGCCGUAUUAAGGAAGAUCGGAACCAGAGAAUUGAAGAUGAGGAAAAUGGGAAAGUAACCAUUAACCUAAAGGAAAGGAAACAGAUCUUAAAUGGGGAAGCCAAGUAUAAUAUCGAUCUCUUAAAGAACAACCCGAAUUUAGAGCCCUGUGAUAAUGAGCUGCCUCAAAACGAUAUAAUGCAUACAGAAAUGGAAAUAAACGCUAAUUCCAGCCCGAGCACCACUAAUCUUUGGGAAGUACUUCGCAAAAGUAGUAAGGAUAAAAACCUACUGGUGAUAUACCUCAUAACAUUCCUAUCAAUUUGUCCCUUUUCGGGCGUAGACUCCACUGCUCCAGUAUACCUAACAACCAAUAUGGGAUUCGAGUAUAAGGAGGUCUCUAUAAUGUUGGGUUUGCUGUCUGUGGUAGCGAUCACAUCGAAUCUCCUUCUGGGAUAUCUUAUUAAACUAGUGGGUGCCAAGGGGUCGAUCCGUUUGGGCCUUUUUCUUCUGCUAUUGCAGUUGAUGUGCUUUGCCUUUGGAACCAGGAAAUGGAUGUACUGGAUAAGCAGCAUAUUCGCCGCCUUAGCCACAAUUAUUCCAGCCGCCAAUAAUGCGGUCGCUUCGAUUUACGCCAGUCCCGAACAUCAGGGGGCUGUCCUUGGGAUUAUCUCUGGGAUCGAGUGCUUGAGCGAGGGUGUUGGGCCCGCUUUCUUUGGAGUACUUUUUCACUUUUUUCAGAAGCACUCAACGAGUACCCAACCAGAAAAAUCACCUAUCCCAGCACCUUUUGCCUUAAGUGCCAUCGGAGUCUUUGCGGCCAUCAUCCUGACCAGUUUAAUUAAAAAGGAGAAUCUUAAAAAGGAUCCCGAAGCGUACAAGAACUCCGAUGGGGCGACGCACACUGGGGUGAGCGACCCCAAAAGUGACGAUUAAUUCAAACACACAAAUUUUGGAGUAGCUCAAUUAAGUUAAUAUGUGCCGAAAGUAGAUAGAAGUAUAUAGAUUUUUUCAUCAACUAUCGGGAAAAAAAUUAAAUCAUAAAAAUGAAAGAUAUUA